AUGGAGCUCGCCACAGGCCACAAGAGCGGUGGCAAGGGCAAGGGUGUCAAGUCGUUGGCGCACGGCAACACACCUGCCGCGGCGCCAUCGAAGGCCUCGGACAAUGCCGCUGCUGGUGCGGCUGCGGCGUCCGCGACGUCACCCCACGCGGCCGCAGCGGCAGUGCCGAAUAAAAAAUUGACUGUGAAGAAGGCGCCAGCGGCCGCACUGGCACGCAAGACGAAGGAGAGAUCCAGGGAAAGGGCGUUGAGCACCCCCACUCCAACGCCUCCGUUGCUACGCUCACCGCUCUCCGCCAGACGUAAGACGAAAAAGUCUGCAGAAAGGCUGGUGGGUGGGGAGGUGCAGCUACCGCCGUCGGAGGCGACGCCGGCACCAAAGCUGAAGGCCGAUGCGGAUUCGGUAGCGCAACCACCGCGGCAGCAGGCGGAUGUAGUGGACAUGGAUGAGGGUGAUCAGCAGCAGCAGCGUGCGCUGCCACCAGAGGACAGCGACGACGGCAGCUGCGAUGCGGACGGCCUCAACAAUGGCGCCUCGGCGCGCGUGGUGGCGCCGGUGACGUCGCUGGCUGGAAGGCGGCAUACCAAGCUGAUCAUAGUACCAGGGACCACGAACGGCUCUAGUGCCGCUGCACCUGCUAGUAGCGGGCUUGGCAACGGCCGCCGCGUGGGUGCGGCGCCAAGUAUGUCCAUUCACAGCAGCAGCGGCAGUCACCAUCACGGAGACUGCACCUUGCGCUACCGCACGGACCUCGACAAGCAGGUAAUUCACUUCAUGUUCGAGCGCUACCAGCAGGAGCAGACGCAUCCGACGACCUCUGUAGCAGUGGCGUCGCCGCUGUCGGCCACCAACGCCGUCGCCGCCGAAGGGAUGAGUGCGCGGGCGGACGAGGUGCCUCACACGGGCAGGGGCUCCGGGGGAGUGAUGCAGGCAGCCGGCGCUGCUGCUGCUGCUGCUGCUGCUGCCACCUCCACCUCCCAGGUGCGUGCGCGACGCAUCAGUGUUGAGGAGAUUUGCGUUUAUUCUAAUAGCGAGGGCGAGGACAAGAACAUUGGCCUCGGGGAUUGGCACUUCUUCUGGAUGCACGUUCGGCGCGUCCGCCACACGGUCUGCUCCAACUUUUUCCGGUGGCAGGAGCAGCAGAUCAUCAACCACUUCCCCGAUCACGCGGAACUGACCCGGAAGGACCUCAUGUACAAGAACAUCCGGCGCUACUUGCGUGAGCACCAAGCGGACAACUACGCCCGGCUGACACUGCACACCGCCACAGAUUGGGCCUCGGCAUCGGCCCACGCCGCGGAUAUCGAGGGCGCAGCAGGGUCGUCCGUGUUCGCGGGCGCUGGCGUUGAGCGCAGGCUGCCGCUUUCUGUCAAGUCGUUCUGCUUUGCCGACAGCGUCCCGCUGACGUACAAUAUUCCCAACGACAUGAGCAUGUUCAAGGAGAAGUUCCAGCGCCGGCGCGGCACGCAGUGGAUUGUGAAGCCGACGUCGCGGUCACAGGGCAAGGGCAUCUUCAUCAUCGACGACGUCCGCUCCCUGCAGCGCUGGCUGUGUGAGAAAAAGGAAUCGGAUAACAUGACCUCCUUCCUGGCCACGAGCCCCUCUAGCCGAGCCAGCUGGGUCGCGCCGUCGGUUCUGCAGCAACAGCGCGCCGCACUUUUGAGCAGCAUAGAGUCCGCACCGGGUACCGCGAGCGGCGGCAACGGAUGCUCGCAGGGGAGCCCGACCUCCCCUCGCUUCAACGCCGCCAGCGCAGUGACAUCUCAGACCACAGCCGGCGCUAGUGGCAGCGGUGGUGGGUUGCUUGGCUCGUACAUUAUCAGCCGCUAUAUCUCCAACCCGCUGCUGAUCGGUGGCAAGAAGUUCGACCUGCGCCUGUACGUUCUCGUCACGUCCUACAAACCUCUCGUGGCGUACCUGCACGAAGACGGCUUUGCCCGAUUCUGCGCGACGCGAUACGCUGGCAGCAGCCUGGCCCAGGAGGACCUCGGCUCCCACUUGACGAACGUUGCCUUGCAGAAAGGCGACGAGCACUACAACACCUCGCACGGUGGCAAGUGGUCUUUCCAGAACCUAUUCCUCUACGUGCAGAAGAGCUACGGCCCGUACACGGCGGAGGGCAUGAUGAAGAAUAUUGAGUUUCUCAUCUACCACUCGCUCAAGGCGGUGGAGCCGGUAAUGUUCAACGACAAGCACUCGUACGAGCUCUACGGCUACGACAUCCUCAUCGACGACCACAUCAACCCCCACCUGAUCGAAGUAAACGCGUCGCCGUCCAUGUCGACGACGACAUUGUCGGACCGGCUGCUCAAGGAGCAGGUGCUAACCGAUACCAUGAAGAUAGUAUUUCCUCCUGGGUACCCGGCAAGCAAUAAAGGGAUGCCGUACUGGGAAUACCGUCUUCGCACCGACCUGACGACGCGGCAACAGACGGGCUUCAGGCUGUUGCAGUUCUAA